GCAACGGCUGUCUUUAAACAAUGACCACACACAUUCCAACCAGUCUCAUAGAUCUCCUCUCAAACCAUCUUGUACUCGCUCAAUUAGCUCCCUACCUAUCGAUCUCGGCUCUCUUCAACCUCUCAGUCACGUCGCGUAGGUUCAACGAGGUCAUCUGCAGCGACCCAAAUGCAUUCCAGCGUCUCGAUCUUUCAACUGUUCGUGGGGUGCCAUAUCACCUAUGCGAGCUCGAGCCCUAUGAACCGCAUACUGUAGUUGAUGAUCAUGGCCACAGCGUCGAAGAACGGGAGAGGUAUUGUUUGCCCCUUAAGAAACUUGCCAAUAUAUCGUGGAAACGGGAUCUGCUGCCAACAGUGCAGACCCUGAUUUUGGACCGGCAAUAUGUUCAUGUGGAUAUGGUUCGAGAUAUCCUGCUCGACCACGCAUGUCAGAUCCGUCUACUUUCCCUCAUCGAUGUGCGCGGUCUCGAUCGACUCGAUUUCCAGCACCUGAUCGAUGACAUUUUCAGGGGUGGACGCCGCUUAGACAGUCCCCGUCUUGAAGCUAUCUAUUAUUUUGGCCCUCCAUCAGUAUCGGGAAAGUUCUGCGAUCAACCUGUGGCAUCAGACGCAGACGAGGACCCGAACCCUUGGUAUCUUCGUUCCAAAGUAGCAUUUCAACCUCCAGAGUUCGAGUUCCUAUACUCUGCAUUACUUAGAGCCACCCAGGGAGUCUUAGUGUGGGAUGCUGUUCUAUGCAGAGCACCAAGACACACAUAUCCAAAUCCUCGCUAUAUCAUCCCAACUAUCGCCAGCGUGGCACUCGGUCCUAGGGGUUGCCAUAUAUGCCAUUCUUCGCCUGAAGGUCCUGGUUCCACGGUAAACCAACUACCACUACUAUCACCACCACCAUUACAUUCAUCAUUAAUCAAAGUCGCCCAAGAAGUUCCUUCCAACGGCCCGCGCACUGCCCCCUUACCAUUUUAUGCUCGCUGCGUCAGUUGCCUAAAGCACCGUUGGUGUGUAAGGUGCAACAAGUGGUGGUGUGAAAACUGCUAUCAAUUCGGCGGACCAAACUGUUACAAGGAAAACAAUGCAAGAGGUCUCGAUAGUGCGGGUACCAAGUCAGAGUGCGACGAAUGUGGCCGCUUAUGCAGCGAAUGCAAUACCAAGUACCAGAAGCUGUACAUGUGCUGUAAUACCACCCAUUGUUUGAUUCACGAUAAGCAAUCUUCAGGACUUAUGCGAAGCAUGUGCAGCUUUACCUGUGCAAGAGCUUUAAAACAGUUAUUAUGACAGUUUCUUUCUUCACCCUCGAUAGUCACGCAUGCCUUAUUACUAGCAGUUAGCUUACAGCCAGCGCUUGGCAUAUAUUUCCAACCCUCUAUCUACCUGUCUAAACUCUAAUAGAUACAUUAUGCGCUUCAUCAUCUUAUUAGCAACAUCACAACAUCACCGCCCACCCUUCUCCACACAUAUCUCACACGCACAAGUAGACAUGAAAACAUUCUCAACUGUUCUUUUCCUCUCCUCGAAUGAAACCAUUCGCUACUAAAUCGAAAUAGGUAAUGCAGCAUUCUUUACCUAGUGCGAUGUCGCGAGAGGCGUGGAGGACCAUGCGGCCAUCGCUGUUGGGUUUAUGCGUCGCCUGGUUUUGACGCUUAGGAGUGCAAUGGAACGGAAUGG